ACAGCUGCUGUGGGGGAGGCGAGCUGUAGAUCAGUCACACCUCCACACUCCAACAAGCGGAUGUGUUUUACUUUGCCUUUUCUCGCACUUUCUGACUUCCCUCCUCUACCUAUCACCGACCAAGCCUGCCAGAGGCUGCUUUGGUAUUUUAUCUCUGCGGUGGCCUAAUUAUCUGCCACUUUUCUGUGUUGCUGUGAGGGUCAACUAGUAGCCCAAUUUAAAACAGAUUCAUUUGUCGGGAGUUUAAAGGUUGUCUUUUCAACCCAGCGACGUCUGACAGGCGGCAUCCGACAUCCGCCCGUUAAAGAUCGGGGCGACUGACAAGGAGAAUAUCUCCAUAUAUACAGUGGCAAACGUUGAGAACUGAACCGGCUGACUGGACAUCUGUGAGAGGACCGAAGAGAAAUCCCCGAUUCUGACCGGGCUACUGCUGAGGCAGAGCGGAAGUGAGACGAGCCAAGAUGGCCUAAAGAACUGAGAGGUUGCGUAAAGCAUCUGUUGGGGAGGUGCGGACUCUGUCUGAGAGACGCUGGGGCAACAUAGAUCAGUUCUGUUCGAUGAAUUCUCACUGCGAGAGACCGAAUCUAUUAAUGGAGUUCCAUCAGUACGGGUCUGAGCAUUGCCUGUAGUGAAAGCUGCCUGCAGGCUACAGAAACACAGCCCACACUCGAGGACCUUGUAUCCUGUUAAACUGACAGGAAAGGCUUGACUUUCCUCCGAAGAACCCAAGAGAACCCGUGUUAACAAACAGCAACCAUGAAUGGCUUGACAGAACUGUCCGUGAAGUGUGUUCUGGUCGGGGACUGUGCCGUCGGCAAGACGGCCCUGCUGGUCCGCUUCACCUCAGAGACAUUUCCAGACUCGUACAAGCCCACCGUGUUCGAGAACACGGGCGUAGAGGUGUACAUGGACGGGGUCCAGAUCAGCCUGGGGCUGUGGGACACGGCGGGCAACGACAACUUCAAGCAGAUCCGGCCCAGAUCGUACCAGCAGGCUGACGUGGUGCUCAUGUGCUACUCGGUGGCCAACCCCAACUCCCUCGCCAGCCUCCAACGCAAGUGGAUCGCCGAGGUCCGGGAGUACCUGCCCAAGGUGCCGGUGCUGGUCGUGGCCACCCAGACGGACCUGAGGGAGGUGGGGGUGCAUCGGGGCAGCUGCAUCUCGCCGGCGGAGGGGAAACGUGUGGCUCACGAGGUGCACGCCAAGGGCUACCUGGAGUGCUCCUCCCUGAGCAACCGCGGCGUGCAGCAGGUGUUUGAGUACGCCGUGAGGACAGUUUUCAACAAGUACAAGAAACGGGAAAGGAGGCGCAUGUUCAGCAUGAACCAGUGCAAAGUGUUUUGACCUUUGACUUUGAUCUUUCUGCCAUCUGAUGGUUUUUCAGGUGUGCUGUUAAAAAUCACCCAGCCAUGAAGAGAUGCAAGGACCCAAAGUGGGUUUCCUGCCAUACUCCUGGGUCGCUCUUCACUAAUAACCCCCUAAAGCCAAACAUAUUCAAACUGAGAACACACUUUGAAGAAGAACCUCGCUGUUCAGAUACCAGCAUAGAGGAGUGGACGCUUUUCCAACGAAGGGAUUAAGUCAUAUGAUGUCAAAUAGAACUUUUUUUUGUACUUAUUUAAAGUGUUUAAACCGUAGGAAAACAGAUUAAAAAUAUCUCAGUUUGUGGGUUAUUUGAACAAGUUGACUUUAUUUGAUAUUUAAACCUAAUAUGCUAGUGUACGACCGCAAAUACAAUGACGUAACAACAUAUUUUAGGUAUUGUUUCGUGAAGCCUGAACACUGCAGAAGUUUCUAAAUCAGAAGUUUCAGAUUGCAGAAGUUUCAAAAUCAGGUUUAUUCAAAUGCAGAAUCCCUAAACUUUUAUUUGAGAUAGUUGCAAGCAAUAGAGGGUGCCUCGUUUUGUCAGAAUUCAUUUAAAUUAUGGUGAAUUACAGCUAAGAAGACUAAUGGGACCCGUUUUGCAGUAAUUUUUUUGGUGUUGAGAAGUCUUAUUUGAUAUGACCUAAAAAUAGAAUAUAUUCUUCAUACAUACACGGUUAAGCCCAAGAUUAAACAUACCCCUGGCAGAUUUAGGUUUAAGAUAUUCUAAUUUUACAAACAUGUUUGUUCUGAUUGCUAAUGCUAGCGUAUUUGAAGUCCCUAUGUGGAUCUGAUGAGAGAAUCUGGAGAGGAGCUAAAGAUUAGGGUGAUGGUAAGGGGCCCUUUCAGUCUCAAAGACUUGGAGCUCAUCACCAAAGAUAAAUCUUCAUGAUAUCAGCAGGAAGACACAAAAAGCUGGUCAGCAAUUAUAAGAAUGGUAUUAUUGCCUCAAUGGCAAUUUUUUUUAUUUAUUAAUGAUAAGGGUAUGCAUAAUUUCCUGCAGGAUGUUUUUGAAUAAAAUGUUAAUCAAAGAGAUAAAACUUUUUUUUUUUUUUAAAGUUGACACGCUGUUAUCUUUUGACAGAUGCCUGUCUCAUUUCUGAUCAGAAACAAACUUCAUGGUUGAAGGCAAAUGAUACUGAAUAUGAAGCUGACAGGAACGUGAAUAAUUUUGGGCUUAACCAUAACUCCAAUGUUUUUUUUUAAAAGUCGUUCAUAAAAGUUCAGAAACAGAUAAAGAUAAAUGAACAUUUUUAUGAAUUUUGAUCCAUUUAUUUCAGGAAGAGUCAAACUGUGUGAUAUAUUAGUUUUUAAUUAAUUUAUUUUUUGGUACAAGUCAGUUUUUUUGUUUGUAAAAAAAAAGUAACACAGCAAAAACUACGCUACAACGAAUGGAUUUUUCUGUUUUUGUUAGUAGUCUUUGAGUCUCUACACAUCUGGUGAGGUACCAGUGAUUCAAGUGUACAAGAGUUAAGUGAAAACAAUUAUUUGUGGGUUUUCUGUGAAGUCUCUCUGUGUCUCACUUUGUUUUUUUGGUUGUACUUGGAUUGAAUUUGAACAUGCUUUAACGAUCUCCUCGCUUAUCAUCAGCCGCACGUAGUGAUGCUGAAGACUCCCCUGAGGAAUCAAAGACCGUACGACACGCGUACAUGUUUUAUUGUGGGCUCUUGGGCCAUUUUAUUUACUUUAAUAAAGCCUGUGUUGUUCUGAA